AUGGCCGAGCCCGCGCCCGGUGUCGGGCAUACCGACUCGAUGAAUUCCCACGACGAUCCGGACAAGCCGGUCGAUGGCAAGAAGAAGAAGAGCAGAAGACCAGCGAAUACCGCCUUCAGACAACAACGAUUGAAGGCGUGGCAACCAAUCCUUACACCCAAGACGGUGCUGCCGCUCUUCUUCGCCAUCGGCAUCAUCUUCGCGCCCAUCGGCGGGCUGCUGAUCUGGGCCAGUUCAACAGAUGCUAUGCUGACAGGUGGCGUGAAGGUACAAGAGCUCAAGAUCGAUUACUCGACAUGCAACACCGACGCCCCCAACUCAACAACCGUCUUUGGCCAGAUGGACGACAGUCUGAUAACGGCAAGCUUCAAAGAUACCACCACCCCCAUUCAAGCCCUUUGGCGACACGAGCUUGUCAACCACACAUACCGCGGUAACCACGUUGUUCAAAACGUCUCCAAGUGCACCCUCCAGUUUAACAUUCCCGAGGACAUGGCCGCACCCGUGCUGUUCUACUACCACUUGACCAACUUCUACCAGAACCACAGACGAUAUGUCGCCUCUUACUACGACAAGCAGCUCAAGGGAGAGACUGUCACCGCCGCAAACGUCAGGGAUUCAACUUGUACUCCAUUGACGCAGGACGCGAACCAGGUUGUCUACUACCCCUGUGGACUGAUUGCCAACUCCUUGUUCAACGAUACCUUUUUCAACCCAGUCCUGCUGAAUGCCGUCAACAGCAGCGACACCAACCAGACAUACAUCAUGCAGAACAACACCAACAUCGCCUGGGCUUCGGACAACGAGCUGUAUGGCCACUAUCCUUCCGGGAUGGAUCUGAACUCGGUUCGCCCGCCUCCCAACUGGCAAAGACAAUACCCCGACGGAAAGUACUCGGAAGAUGUCCCUCCCCCCAAUCUGAAGGACAACCAGGCUUUCCAGGUGUGGAUGAGGACUGCUGGUCUGCCAACAUUCAGCAAGCUGUACAUGCGAAACGACACCACUGCCAUGCUGAACGGAACUUAUACCAUGGAGAUCCUCUCGGAAUUCCCUACUGUUGAAUACCAGGGCACCAAGUCCAUCGUAUUUACCACCAAGAGUGUCAUUGGCGGCAGGAACCCCUUCUUGGGUAUUGCUUACGUUGUUGUCGGUGGUAUCUGUAUCCUUCUCGGUGCCAUCUUCACUGUCACCCAUUUGAUCAAGCCAAGGAAACUCGGUGACCACACCUACCUGUCUUGGAACAAGGUCUCGAACAACGCUGCAAAAUCUGGCGCGGGCGGUCCCGCCGUCGGUAUGUCCACGGGGCGCGAUUUGGCAUAG